GACAGAAGAAGGAGGAAGCGAAGGAACAGUCGAUGUUGAAGAAGUUGCACCAGCAGUUUGAGUCGUAUAAGGACCAGGUUAAGAAGAUGGGGGAUGAAACAAAGCCAGUUCAGGACCUGAAGAGCGAAGCCCCGACUUGUGGGAUAUGCCACAAAACCAAGUUUGCCGAUGGCUGUGGCCACCUCUGUUCAUAUUGCCAAACGAAAUUCUGUGCUCGGUGCGGAGGACGAGUGUCUCUGCGGUCAAACAAGGUUAUGUGGGUAUGCAACUUGUGCCGAAAACAACAAGAAAUCCUCACCAAAUCGGGGGCGUGGUUCUAUGGCUCGGGGCCUGGUCAAGUACGGGGUGUGUUUGAGGGUGGGCCACAGGGCAAGAAGGCCAAACUACAGGACCCGUCCCUUUACCCCUACCAGGGAGCCUCAGGGGACCUGACACCAGGAUCAGACAGAAGCAGACCUCACGGCGGGCUCCUGCCUAGACAGGCGUCCCUUGACAACGGCUCGGGGCUGAGGUACUCGGGACCAGACACACCCAUUGACAGGAAACGAAGCCCAUCUGCGUCCAGGGAUCCAAACCAAAAAUACGACCAAAGGGAGGGGGGCGACCACUCACAGUAUGCCCCGACAGACGGCAGUAUGCCUAGAUCACCGUCUGACUAUGGGGAUGGGGACCCCCGGCGGGCUCCGCGGGGCCCACAUAUGUACCCAGAUGUGGAUGCAGCACGAAUGGGCUACCGGGACAGGCGGGGUCCUGGACGCUGGCACUCCCAGGAAUACCCGCUGGACCAGGAGCUAGAUGGACCAAGUGAGUAUGACCUCCAGCGGCAGCGCCAGGAGGAAUUCCAAACUCGUUAUCGUAGUGACCCCAACUUGGCACGGUAUCCUGUUAAGCCGCAGCCCUAUGAGGAGCAGAUGAGGAUGCACGCGGAAGUUGGGCGCCUUAGACACGAACGCCGCCAUAGUGAUGUGUCCCUGGCCUACACGGAGCAGGAUGAACCAAGCCCCAUCCGGUUGUCACGACAACAUCUCACUGAGCGCAGGCCGCCUAUGGUGGGACAGCGCUCUUACUCCGUUGAUCGCUCCUCUCCUGGGCCCAUGGGUCCUGGCCUUGGGGGCCACAGAACCUCUAAUCAUAGCCCCCCUACGCCUCACCGGAGCCCUGUGCUGGGUGACAGACAAGGGGACAUGAGGAGAGGCGACAUGGGUGGAGAUCCCAUGAGGAGGCAACAACACCACUUGGACCCUAGUUCAGCUGUCCGCAAGACGAAGAGGGAGAAAAUGGAGAGCAUGUUGAGGAAUGAUUCUCUCAGUUCAGACCAGUCAGAGUCUGUGCGCCCACCACCCCCCAAACCCCACAAAACUAAAAAGGGAGGAAAGAUGCGGCAGGUGUCACUUAGUAGCUCAGAGGAGGAGCUGGCCACCACACCAGAGUACACCAGCUGUGAGGAUGUGGAGAUAGAGAGUGAGUCAGUCAGUGAGAAAGGGGACAGUCAAAGGGGAAAAAGAAAAACUAUUGAGCAGGCAUUUAUGUCCGAGCCGACACACACCUUAUCUGAGAGGCAAAAGAAAAUGGUGCGCUUUGGGGGACACUCAUUUGAAGAGGACUUGGCAUGGUGUGAACCGCAGGUUAAAGACUCGGGAGUUGAUACGUGCAGUAGCACUACCCUAAACGAGGAGCAUAGCCAUAGUGAGAAGCACCCAGUGACGUGGCAGCCGUCCAAAGAUGGGGAUCGCUUAAUAGGGCGUAUUUUGCUCAAUAAGCGCAUGAAAGAUGGAAGUGUGCCUCGAGACUCAGGAGCUCUGCUUGGUCUGAAGGUGGUUGGCGGCAAGAUGACAGAAUCUGGUAGACUUUGUGCUUUCAUCACUAAAGUGAGGAAAGGAAGUCUAGCAGACACUGUUGGACACCUCAGACCAGGUGACCAGGUGCUGGAGUGGAAUGGGAAGCUUUUACAAGGAGCCACAUUUAAAGAAGUUUACAAUAUCAUUCUAGAAUCCAAGCCUGAGCCACAGGUGGAACUUGUGGUCUCAAGGCCUAUAGGCGAUAUUCCAAGGAUACCAGACAGCACACAUGCACAACUGGAAUCAAGUUCAAGUUCUUUUGAAUCUCAGAAGAUGGAUCGCCCGUCCAUCUCCGUCACGUCCCCCAUGAGUCCCAGCAUGCUGAGGGACGCCCCCCAGUACCUGUCAGGACAGCUCUCAGUCAAACUAUGGUAUGACAAAGUGGGCCAUCAGCUCAUCGUCACAAUCCUGGGUGCCAAAGACCUGCCACCCAGGGAAGAUGGCCGGCCCAGGAACCCUUACGUCAAAAUCUACUUCCUCCCUGAUAGAAGCGACAAAAGCAAGAGGAGAACAAAAACGGUAAAGAAAUCCUUAGAGCCCAAAUGGAACCAGACCUUUAUGUAUUCGCCGGUGCACCGGCGAGAGUUUCGGGAGCGCAUGCUGGAGAUCACACUGUGGGACCAAGCCAGGGUGAGGGAAGAGGAGAGCGAAUUCCUGGGAGAGAUCCUCAUUGAACUAGAGACAGCUCUUCUGGAUGACGAGCCACACUGGUACAAGCUACAAACCCACGAUGUGUCCUCCAUCCCGCUACCACGUGCCUCCCCGAACACACAGCGCAGGCAGCUCCAUGGAGAGAGUCCAACACGGCGGCUGCAGAACAAAGGCUCAUAUUCACACAACUCAGGAUCCCAGAGGAUAAGUGACAGUGAAAUCUCGGACUAUGAUUGUGAAGAUGGUGUGGGAGUAAUAACAGACUACCGGCCGAAUGGCAGAGACUUCCAGAGCUCCACGUUGUCGGUCCCUGAGCAGGUGAUGUCGUCUAAUCACUGCUCUCGGUCGGCUGAUAUCAAUCGGGCGCGGUCGCGCUCUCCCAGUGUUCCCCCUCCCUCCAGGAACCACGGAGCAAUGGAUAGACACGAGUAUCACAGCAGGUCCCGCUCUGCAGACCAGCGACCCACUAUAGAGCGCCCCACAUCCCGCUCGCGCUCCACUGAACGCCCGCACGACUCUUCACUCAUGAGGUCCAUGCCGUCCCUGCCAUCUGGGAGAUCCGCCCCCCCCUCACCUGCCUUGACGAGGGCGCAUCCUCGUAGUGGAUCAGUUCAGACAAGUCCCUCCAGUACCCCCAUGUCCAACAGGCGAGGACGACAACUCCCUCAGCUUCCACCCACUGGGAAAGAAAGAAAAGACACGGACUCACCAAGUUGGACGAACUCAGGUAUGGACAUGGAGGAGAGGACCAGACAGAUGAAACUAAAGAUGAACAAGUACAAGCAGGGAGCCGGCUCCGACUCCAGACUGGAGCAGGACUACCACAAGCGUUCAGGCAGAGAUCAACGGGGCUCAGAUAACCUGUCGGCCAAGUCAUCAGACAGUGAUGUAAGCGACGUGUCCGCUGUGUCGAGAACCAGUAGUACCUCUCGGUUCAGCAGCACGAGCUACAUGUCUGUCCAGUCUGAAAGGCCUCAAGGAAACCGAAAGAUCCGUGACUUUGCAUCCAAAAUGAAAAACAGGCAAAUGGGCUCGUCAGGAGGGAUAAACAUGACCAAGAGCACAAGCAUCAGCGGUGACAUGUGUAACCUGGAGAAGACAGAUGGGAGCCAGUCAGACACUGGGGUUGGCACGGUAGGCACCGACGAUAAGAAGAGGCGCUCCAGCAUUGGUGCCAAAAUGCAGGCCAUGGUUGGCAUGUCACGCAAGAGCCGGAGCACCUCACAGCUCAGCCAAACAGAAGCAGGAGGAAAGAAGUUACGCAGCACGAUCCAGAGGAGUACAGAAACGGGUCUGGCUGUAGAGAUGAGGAGCAGGAUGACUCGGCAGGCCAGCCGGGAGUCCACCGACGGCAGCAUGAACAGCUACAGCUCAGAGGGAAAUCUCAUCUUUCCUGGUGUGAGGCUUUCCUCAGACGCCCAAUUUAGUGACUUCCUGGAUGGUCUGGGCCCUGCCCAGCUGGUUGGAAGACAGACGUUGGCUACUCCACCUAUGGGCGAUAUCCAAAUUGGUAUGGUGGAUAAGAAGGGAGCACUGGAGGUGGAGGUCAUCAGAGCCCGUGGCCUUGUGGGAAAACCAGGUUCCAAGGCACUGCCAGCACCAUAUGUAAAGGUCUACCUUUUGGAAAAUGGAGCCUGCAUAGCCAAAAAGAAAACAAAAGUAGCAAGAAAAACCUUGGAUCCUCUUUACCAGCAGCAACUGCCGUUUGAAGAGAGUCCAGGGGGGAAGGUUUUACAGGUCAUUGUUUGGGGCGACUACGGACGUAUGGACCACAAAUCAUUCAUGGGGGCGGUUCAGAUACUGCUGGAUGAACUUGACCUGUCCAACAUGGUGAUUGGCUGGUUCAAGCUCUUCCCUCCCUCCUCAUUGGUUGACCCUACUCUGGCCCCACUGACAAGAAGAGCUUCCCAAUCCUCACUGGACAGUUUCUCUCGGUCAUAGCAGCGUGUGAACUGAUAGCGUUGUUGUAGCAGCCAGUGUUGCAAUUACAGGUCACAACCCCCGGUUACACUGCAUGCUUGAUGUUGUGUCUUCUGAGCCUGUUUCUAGGGGUACAAAUGUGAUCCUGUGUUUCAAGCAAAAACGUCGCGCACAUUGUGCACAUGGCGAAGCGUGUUGCAAGCGCCUGGCAGCCUGGAUUGCUGGGUGUUGUUAUUGAUGUUUGGAGGAAGCUGGAAUGAACUCCUUAGCACGAGGAAUCCGUCAGUUCCAGGUUUUCAUCCAAUUUGAAGCCAUGGGGGUCAGUACUGGGAACUGCGAAAACGAGUUCUACAGAAGCCCUUUUUCGAAUGAAAAAAAAAUCGUUUUGCUCUUUUUUUUCUUUUCUUUUUUCCUUUUCUUUUUUUCUUUUGUUUUGUUUUGUUUUGUUUUUUUGUUAAUGUAAAGUACUUGUGUCUGAAGGGGCUGACAGUGUUUCUAAAAACAGAUGCUUGGUCAUGCCACGCCAACAGACCUAGCUGCGUAGAUGGAGUUUUGGAGACAUAACUUUGGGUGAGAUGUGUCCCAGCUUGUAUCCACACUCCCACGAACCCCAAGAGAAAUGCCCUGAAUACCCUAGGUUUAUUGUGCUGAGUCAAGCAGCAGUGGUAAACUACCAGAGAGACUUCACAGUUAAUCAGAGGUGAUACUGAAGUGGCUGCCAUCAAACCUCCAAAAAAUUCAGUAAUGAACCAAACCCUAUGAAAAAAUGUACAAUCUACCAUCAUUCUUUCUCUGUUGAUAUAUUGUAUGAAAAUGAAAUGAGAAAAGAUAUUUUUUUCCUUUUAAGUUCAUUUGCAUGGACACAAAUUUAGCUGAAUAAAAAAAAGGAAAUUAUUUUCUUGAGGCUGCAACUUGCAAAAAGAUAAAGAAAAUAAAACAGAUCAGCCAUUUUCAACAAUUUAUAUUAUUUUUAAAGAAAAAUUUCACUAGUGCAUGGUUUUCAGGGGAGUGAAUGCAUCAUUGUGAUUAAAAAAACACAUUGUUUAUCAUUCUUUAGACCAUUCAUGUGUCUGUAUUUUGCAGACAUACAGAUAAGGGAAACUUUAAGGAAACUUUUCAAGUUAUUUAACAGAAAAUGUUUAUGUGACAAAAAGUAAUAAUGAAAAUAAAUGUAAAUUAUUUAUUUCAUUGUAAAAGGCUCAUGCCUUAUUAAGAUAAACAUUAUGUGCAAAUUGUACAUGUUUCUCUUUUUCUUCCUUGUCCCAGGGUACUUCUCAUUGUACUAUUCAUCGCUAUCAUUGUUCAGUCCCCUAAUAUUGUCCAGAUUUUAGGACUGUUGGUUACUUUAAAGUUCUGUAUUGUUUCAGUAGGUAUUUUAUUUUGGAUUUGAUUUGUUUCACAAGCAUGUUGAAAAGGAUUUUCUGCAACAUGGCUUGGGCACACCUUACAGUAACUCAGCAUGUUUUGAUAAAGAUGAUAUUUGGAAUUUUUGCAGUUUCUUGUACAGUGCAUGUAAACUUCAUUACUUUUUUCCCUCACCUGAAAUUGAACUCUGGAGCAAAAAUAGUUCUUGGUCUUCCGUGGCCAAUUAUUGAAGGUUCAACAAAAACAUUCCACCCCCAAGGUCAUAUUUUCUUUCAGGUUUUUUGAGAAAAAAAAAUGACAAGGAAAAUAUUUUAUAUUUAAUGGAGGUUGACAAAACAGUUGUGAUUGCAAGUGUAUUUUAUUUCAGUAUUGUUGGCGAACAUGCAAAAAUGAUCUGUACUGGUACAGCAAGAGGUCUAUACAUAAUCAAGAGGCAGCAAACAUGCGAAGAUGUAUGUUGCUGUGGUUCAAUCUUACAGGCACUGUUUGUGAAGAUGAGCUCAUCACAAGUUCAAAUAACAAGGGAUAUUGCCACAGAAAAUGUUUUUUUUUUCUUGUUUUAUUAAAAUGAAAUUGAUUUACUAUAUUUUUGUUAGUUUUAUUUAAAAGCCAAGACCAGUUUAUUUUUUAUUUCUAUUUUUUAGUAAUUAUAAAUACUUCUCACGUCUGAGAAGUAGAUAAAUCUAAUAGUUGCAGUAUGUCUGAAUGAAAUUGAACUGAGGCAUUAUUCCUUUUCCAUGUGACAUAAAUUUGUUUUAAUGUCCAAGAGAACAUUGUGGCUGUCACAAGCUACAUUAUAUAUUUUACUUUCAAUUUUCAUUGUACAUACCUUUAGAUGUCAGAAUUUGAAUAAACAAGCUACCAUGAGUAGAUUGAUAGACUCUUCUGGAACAGGAAAAAUGCCUCACAUGAUGACAAAGACAUAUGUUAUUUAUCCUUUUGAAUGCCUUUUAAUUUUCUCUUUUUGGUGCAAUGUGUUAAUGCCAAGGCUAUGUCUUGGUUAAGUAUGGUUGAGUACAGAGAUUUAUGUAAGUUAUUUUUCAAAUUAAAAAUAAAAAAAUUGAUAUUACACUGAU